AUGGGGGUGAACACUGAUGGCGAGGAGAUGGGUCCUGGAUCAACAGUAACAGAUGGAGUCAAGCUCACUGAGAAAGCUUGCGAGUUUGUACAUCAACAUGAAAAUGGGCAGAGUCUCCCUCAAGACGCUGAUUGUGACGUAGGAAUUCAGGGUCAGAAACCGGUUGAUGGACCCAGGAUACCGAUAACCUCAUCCCUGCAAAGCAUGCCAUUACAACGUCCUUCCGUUGUCUCGAAUACUGAACAAAAUGCAGCACAGAUGGAGCAUACAGAUGGAGGAAGUAGUGUGCAAUCUGAUAAGCCUGCAUCACUGCGACCCGCUAUAUCGGACCGACAUCCGGAGUUGUCGUAUAACACACCUGUGUUCCACGUUACCAACGCAUCUGCUGAUGACAAUUGCGUCGAAUUGGAAGAAUGCUCAUCUCCUCUGCAGCCGGUGGAUAUCAGGAAAAUCUUAGAGACUGUUCCGAAUGACACUUGGGAUGCAAUGUAUGACAGACUACUGGAUGAAAUACCUCUGAUUGACGCCAAUGCCAAUCUAGAGCUACCAUUGAACCCUUAUAUAGACCAGAUAGAUGAGGAAGGAUACACACAGCUCUACAAGGCAGCUUUAGAAGGUCAUCUCGAAGGUGUUGACGAUCUCAUUACCCGGGGAGCAAACCCAAAUAAACCAAGUAAGGGUGGACUCCGUCCUCUUCAUGCAGCGGCUCAAGAAGGACAUACAUACAUCGUUGACUUUCUCAUCCUGCAGGGAGCGGACGUAGGUGUUGAGUGUGAUCUGGGUCAGACUCCUCUUCAUACAGCGGCUGCAAAAGGUUUUGUUGACAUCUUAGAGAGCUUCAUUGCAGAGGGACCUGACUUGAACAAGGAAAAUAAAAAUGGAUUGACUCCAUUCAAUGCUUCCAUUCAAUAUGGCCAUCUAGACGCCGUCAAAUAUCUCAUGUCUAAAGGAGUGAAGCAAAACAGAUACGGAGGUAUGACCCCACUCUUUUCCGCCUCACGAUUUGGUCAUUUAGACAUCGUUGAAUUCUUCAUUGGUGAAGGAGCUGAUGUGAAAGAAGAAGAUGACAAAGGGAUGAUACCUCUCCAUGGUGCAGCCGCCCAGGGCCAAUUGAAAGUCAUGGAAUAUCUCAUUCAGCAAGGAUCUGAUGUGAACAAGGAAAACAACACUGGGUGGACUUCUUUCAAUGCUGCCGUUCAAAAUGGCCAUCUAGACGCUGUCAAAUAUCUCAUAUCUGAAGGAGUGAAGCAGAACAGAUACGGAGGUAUGACCCCACUCUUUUCCGCAUCACGAUUUGGUCAUUUAGACAUCGUUGAAUUCUUCAUUGGUGAAGGAGCUGAUGUGAAAGAAGAAGAUGACAAAGGGAUGAUACCUCUCCAUGGUGCAGCCGCCCAUGGCCAAUUGAAAGUCAUGGAAUAUCUCAUUCAGCAAGGAUCUGAUGUGAACAAGGAAAACAACACUGGGUGGACUUCUUUCAAUGCUGCCGUUCAAAAUGGCCAUCUAGACGCUGUCAAAUAUCUCAUAUCUGAAGGAGUGAAGCAGAACAGAUACGGAGGUAUGACCCCACUCUUUUCCGCAUCACGAUUUGGUCAUUUAGACAUCGUUGAAUUCUUCAUUGGUGAAGGAGCUGAUGUGAAAGAAGAAGAUGACAAAGGGAUGAUACCUCUCCAUGGUGCAGCCGCCCAUGGCCAAUUGAAAGUCAUGGAAUAUCUCAUUCAGCAAGGAUCUGAUGUGAACCAAGAAGAUGACCUAGGAAAGAUUGCUCUCCAUGAUGCAGCUACUCGAGGCCACAUACAGGUCCUGGAAUGUCUCAUUCAACAAGGAUCUGAUGUAAACAAGGGUGAUGCCGAGGGUUGGACACCAUUCAAUGCUGCCGUUCAAUAUGGCCAUCUAGACGCUGUCAAAUAUCUCAUGUCUAAAGGAGUGAAGCAGAACAGAUACGGAGGUAUGACCCCACUCUUUUCCGCAUCACGAUUUGGUCAUUUAGACAUCGUUGAAUUCUUCAUUGGUGAAGGAGCUGAUGCGAAAGAAGAAGAUGACAAAGGGAUGAUACCUCUCCAUGGUGCAGUUGCCCAUGGCCAAUUGAAAGUCAUGGAAUAUCUUAUUCAGCAAGGAUCUGAUGUGAACAAGGAAAACAACACUGGGUGGACUUCUUUCAAUGCUGCCGUUCAAUAUGGCCAUCUAGACGCCGUCAAAUAUCUCAUGUCUGAAGGAGUGAAGCAGAACAGAUACGGAGGUAUGACCCCACUCUUUUCCGCAUCACGAUUUGGUCAUUUAGACACCGUUGAAUUAUUCAUUGGUGAAGGAGCUGAUGUGAAAGAAGAAGAUGACAAAGGGAUGAUACCUCUCCAUGGUGCAGCAGCCCAGGGCCAAUUGAAAGUCAUGGAAUAUCUCAUUCAGCAAGGAUCUGAUGUGAACAAGGAAAACAACACUGGGUGGACUUCAUUUAAUGCUGCCGUUCAAAAUGGCCAUCUAGACGCUGUCAAAUACCUCAUGUCUAAAGGAGUGAAGCAGAACAGAUACGGAGGUAUGACCCCACUCUAUGCCGCAGCAUUUUUUGGUCAUUUAGGCAUCGUCAAAUUCUUCAUAUCAAACGGAGCUGAUGUGAACGAAGAACUUGAUGACGGGAAGAUUCCUCUCCACGGAGCGGUUACUCGAGGCCAUAUAAAGGUAAUGGAAUAUCUCGUUCAGCAAGGAUCUUAUGUGAACAAGAAAGAUAAGUCAGGUUGGAUGCCGUUGAAUGCUGCCGUUCAAUAUGGUCAUCUAGACGCCGUCAAAUAUAUCUGGAAUAUGACGGUGACAGAGAGUACAUAUAACGGAAUCACUCCAUUAUAUUGCGCAGCGAGAUUUGGUCAUGUAAACGUUGUAAAAUUCCUCAUUUCCAAAGGAGGUAAUGUGAAGGAGGGAGACUGUAUAGGCCAGAUUCCUUUACAUGGUGCAGUUAUAAAUGGUGACAUUGAAAUAAUACAGUACCUCAUUCAUCAAGGGUGCGAUUUUAACAAAAAAGACGACGCCGGAAUGACCCCUCUAAAUGUUGCUGUUCAACAUGGCCAUCUGGAAGCUGUCAAAUAUAUCAUGACCGAAGGAGCAAAGCUGAACAGAAAUGAUGGUAUCACUGCACUUUAUGUCGCAGCUAAAUUUGGUCAUUUACACAUCGUGGAAUACUUGAUUUCCAAAGGAGCUGAUGUGAACCAAGAAGAUGACCUAGGAGAGAUUGCUCUCCAUGCUGCAGCUACUCGAGGCCACAUACAAGUCAUGGAAUAUCUCAUUCAACAAGGAUCUGAUGUGAACAAGGAAAACAACACUGGGUGGACUUCUUUCAAUGCUGCCGUUCAAAAUGGCCAUCUAGACGCUGUCAGAUAUCUCAUAUCUGAAGGAGUGAAGCAGAACAGAUACGGAGGUAUGACCCCACUCUUUUCCGCAUCACGAUUUGGUCAUUUAGACAUCGUUGAAUUCUUCAUUGGUGAAGGAGCUGAUGUGAAAGAAGAAGAUGACAAAGGGAUGAUACCUCUCCAUGGUGCAGCCGCCCAUGGCCAAUUGAAAGUCAUGGAAUAUCUCAUUCAGCAAGGAUCUGAUGUGAACCAAGAAGAUGACCUAGGAAAGAUUGCUCUCCAUGAUGCAGCUACUCGAGGCCACAUACAAGUCCUGGAAUGUCUCAUUCAACAAGGAUCUGAUGUAAACAAGGGUGAUGCCGAGGGUUGGACACCAUUCAAUGCUGCCGUUCAAUAUGGCCAUCUAGACGCUGUCAAAUAUCUCAUGUCUAAAGGAGUGAAGCAGAACAGAUACGGAGGUAUGACCCCACUCUUUUCCGCAUCACGAUUUGGUCAUUUAGACAUCGUUGAAUUCUUCAUUGGUAAAGGAGCUGAUGCGAAAGAAGAAGAUGACAAAGGGAUGAUACCUCUCCAUGGCGCAGCCGCCCAUGGCCAAUUGAAAGUCAUGGAAUAUCUUAUUCAGCAAGGAUCUGAUGUGAACAAGGAAAACAACACUGGGUGGACUUCUUUCAAUGCUGCCGUUCAAUAUGGCCAUCUAGACGCCGUCAAAUAUCUCAUGUCUGAAGGAGUGAAGCAGAACAGAUACGGAGGUAUGACCCCACUCUUUUCCGCAUCACGAUUUGGUCAUUUAGACAUCGUUGAAUUCUUCAUUGGUGAAGGAGCUGAUGUGAAAGAAGAAGAUGACAAAGGGAUGAUACCUCUCCAUGGUGCAGCCGCCCAGGGCCAAUUGAAAGUCAUGGAAUAUCUCAUUCAGCAAGGAUCUGAUGUGAACAAGGAAAACAACACUGGGUGGACUUCAUUCAAUGCUGCCGUUCAAAAUGGCCAUCUAGACGCUGUCAAAUACCUCAUUUCUAAAGGAGUGAAGCAGAACAGAUAUGCCGGAAGGACCCCACUCUAUGCCGCAGCAUUUUUUGGUCAUUUACGCAUCGUCAAAUUCUUCAUAUCAAACGGAGCUGAUGUGAACGAAGAACUUGAUGACGGGAGGAUUCCUCUCCACGGAGCGGUUACUCGAGGCCAUAUAAAGGUAAUGGAAUAUCUCGUUCAGCAAGGAUCUUAUGUGAACAAGAAAGAUAAGUCAGGUUGGAUGCCGUUGAAUGCUGCUGUUCAAUAUGGUCAUCUAGACGCCGUCAAAUAUAUCUGGAAUAUGACGGUGACAGAGAGUACAUAUAACGGCAUCACUCCAUUAUAUUGCGCAGCGAGAUUUGGUCAUGUAAACGUUGUAAAAUUCCUCAUUUCCAAAGGAGGUAAUGUGAAGGAGGGAGACUGUAUAGGCCAGAUUCCUUUACAUGGUGCAGUUAUAAAUGGUGACAUUGAAAUAAUACAGUACCUCAUUCAUCAAGGGUGCGAUUUUAACAAAAAAGACGACGCCGGAAUGACCCCUCUAAAUGUUGCUGUUCAACAUGGCCAUCUGGAAGCUGUCAAAUAUAUCAUGACCGAAGGAGCAAAGCUGAACAGAAAUGAUGGUAUCACCCCACUUUAUGUCGCAGCUAAAUUUGGUCAUUUACACAUCGUGGAAUACUUGAUUUCCAAAGGAGCUGAUGUGAACCAAGAAGAUGACCUAGGAAAGAUUGCUCUCCAUGCUGCAGCUACUCGAGGCCACAUACAAGUCCUGGAAUAUCUCAUUCAACAAGGAUCUGAUGUAAACAAGGGUGAUGCCGAGGGUUGGACACCAUUCAAUGCUGCCGUUCAAUAUGGCCAUCUAGACGCUGUCAAAUAUCUCACGUCUAAAGGAGUGAAGCAGAACAGAUACGGAGGUAUGACCCCACUCUUUUCCGCAUCACGAUUUGGUCAUUUAGACAUCGUUGAAUUCUUCAUUGGUGAAGGAGCUGAUGUGAAAGAAGAAGAUGACAAAGGGAUGAUACCUCUCCAUGGUGCAGCCGCCCAUGGCCAAUUGAAAGUCAUGAAAUAUCUCAUUCAGCAAGGAUCUGAUGUGAACCAAGAAGAUGACCUAGGAAAGAUUGCUCUCCAUGAUGCAGCUACUCGAGGCCACAUACAAGUCCUGGAAUGUCUCAUUCAACAAGGAUCUGAUGUAAACAAGGGUGAUGCCGAGGGUUGGACACCAUUCAAUGCUGCCGUUCAAUAUGGCCAUCUAGACGCUGUCAAAUAUCUCAUGUCUAAAGGAGUGAAGCAGAACAGUUAUGCCGGAAGGACCCCACUCUAUGCCGCAUCACGAUUUGGUCAUUUAGACAUCGUUAAAUUCUUCAUUGGUGAAGGAGCUGAUGUGAAAGAAGAAGAUGACAAAGAGAUGAUACCUCUCCAUGCUGCAGCCGCCCAUGGCCAAUUGAAACAAGGAUCUGAUGUGAACAAGAACGAUAAAACUGGGUGGACACUAUUCAAUGCUGCCGUUCAAUAUGGCCAUCUAGACGCUGUCAAAUAUCUCAUGUCUAAAGGAGUGAAGCAGAACAGAUAUGCCGGAAGGACCCCACUCUAUGCCGCAGCAUUUUUUGGUCAUUUAGGCAUCGUCAAAUUCUUCAUAUCAAACGGAGCUGAUGUCAACGAAGAACGUGAUGACGGGAGGAUUCCUCUCCACGGAGCAAUUACUCGAGGCCAUAUAAAGGUAAUGGAAUAUCUCGUUCAGCAAGGAUCUUAUGUGAACAAGAAAGAUAAGUCAGGUUGGAUGCCGUUGAAUGCUGCCGUUCAAUAUGGUCAUCUAGACGCCGUCAAAUAUAUCUGGAAUAUGACGGUGACAGAGAGUACAUAUAACGGAAUCACUCCAUUAUAUUGCGCAGCGAGAUUUGGUCAUGUAAACGUUGUAAAAUUCCUCAUUUCCAAAGGAGGUAAUGUGAAGGAGGGAGACUGUAUAGGCCAGAUUCCUUUACAUGGUGCAGUUAUAAAUGGUGACAUUGAAAUGAUACAGUACCUCAUUCAUCAAGGGUGCGAUGUUAACAAAAAAGACGACGCCGGAAUGACCCCUCUAAAUGUUGCUGUUCAACAUGGCCAUCUGGAAGCUGUCAAAUAUAUCCUGACCGAAGGAGCAAAGCUGAACAGAAAUGAGGGUAUCACCCCACUUUAUGUCGCAGCUAAAUUUGGUCAUUUACACAUCGUGGAAUUAUUGAUUUCCAAAGGAGCUGAUGUGAACCAAGAAGAUGAUCUAGGAGAGAUUGCUCUCCAUGCUGCAGCUACUCGAGGCCACAUACAAGUCCUGGAAUAUCUCAUUCAACAAGGAUCUGAUGUAAACAAGGGUGAUGCCGAGGGUUGGACACCAUUCAAUGCUGCCGUUCAAUAUGGCCAUCUAGACGCUGUCAAAUAUCUCAUGUCUAAAGGAGUGAAGCAGAACAGAUACGGAGGUAUGACCCCACUCUUUUCCGCAUCACGAUUUGGUCAUUUAGACAUUGUUGAAUUCUUCAUUGGUGAAGGAGCUGAUGUGAAAGAAGAAGAUGACAAAGGGAUGAUACCUCUCCAUGGUGCAGCCGCCCAUGGCCAAUUGAAAGUCAUGGAAUAUCUCAUUCAGCAAGGAUCUGAUGUGAACAAGGAAAACAACACUGGGUGGACUUCAUUCAAUGCUGCCGUUCAAUAUGACCAUCUAGACGCUGUCAAAUAUCUCAUGUCUAAAGGAGUGAAGCAGAACAGAUAUGCCGGAAGGACCCCAUCCUAUGCCGCAGCAUUUUUUGGUCAUUUAGGCAUCGUCAAAUUCUUCAUAUCAAACGGAGCUGAUGUGAACGAAGAACUUGAUGACGGGAGGAUUCCUCUCCACGGAGCGGUUACUCGAGGCCAUAUAAAGGUAAUGAAAUAUCUCAUUCAGCAAGGUUCUGAUGUUAACCAAAAAAAUCACAUAGGCUGGACACCAUUGCAUGCCGCAGUCAGUAACGGCCAUUUAGAAGUUGUCAAAGUUCUCUUGGAAAAUAAAGCUCAGGGUACCAGGUUUGAAGGAUUGACCCCACUUUACAUCGCAACCCAGUAUGACCAUAUCGAUGUGGUAAAAUUCCUUGUCUCCGGUGGAUAUGAUGUAAACGAUAGAAAUGAAGACGGCAAAUCCCCUCUUCAUGCAGCAUGUUACAAUGGUAAUAUCGAUAUCAUGAAGUUUCUCGUUCAUCACAACGCUAAUGUCAAUGAACAGAAUCAUGAUGGCUGGACACCACUUCAUGCUGCUGCACAAGAAGAACAUCAAGACAUAGUCGAUUUUCUUACAUUGAAUGAAGCACACAUGAACCUGAAUGAUAUAGACGAUUUGACGCCGCUCAAGGCAGCAACGUACACAGGCCAUCCACGUGUAAUAACAGGCAUCUCAUCACGUAGGGAUGAACCAGGUGAGGGAGAAACUGGAGAUCCACGACCUGGAGGCAACCAUAAUCUCAUCACAAGAGUAUAUAUCACGGCGUCAUUGAAGGAUACAGGCACACAGUCACGUACAGGAAAGUUAACAUCCCAGGUAGACAAUGCAGAGGAGAGGAAUGACUGCAGUCAAGCUGAUAAUGCGAAGAGGGGAGCCGGUGGACUCUCCUUGCAGAAUCUUUCCACAAGGAUCCAUGAUGGUAACAAAGAUGUAGCUCAUCCAAACGUAAAUGAACACCUCUAUCCACGUAAAUGUGACCCGAACGAGGACGAUACAGGGCGUCCACUGUCCGGGGGCCACCACAACGGUGCCAAACAUCUCGCCACAAGAGCUGGUGCGAAGCAGAAAAAGAAGGUGGUAGAAAUGAAGGAAACAGACACACAGUCACGUACACGACAGUUAACACCUAAGGUAGACAAUGCAGACGAUGCAAAUGGUUGCACUCAACCUGAUAAUGCGAAGAGAGUAGCCGAUGAACUCUCCUUGAAGAAUCUUCCCACAAGGAUCCAUGGUGAUGAAAAAGGUGGCAAUGGGGAGCACAAUCCUUUCAGUCAUGCUAAGCUGAAAUGUCCUGACAAAGGGGAACAAGAUCCAAUACUAGAUCAGAUGGAGGUAAUUAGGUGCACAGGGACAAGGAAAAGAGACACCAUAACAAAUGGCACAGACUGUUUUUCCCUGCAUGGAUCUCAGACAUGGCAAUACAGCGGAUUCGAUCCACCCAAUCUACAAAGCAUGGACGCCGAGGGUCAUCCGUCUGAAGAACCGAAAUCCAGAUGUCACUCUCUAAUUGACGAAGACAGGGAAAAGAGAGUGAGUGGUUAA